CAGAACUGAGUUGUAUGAGGAUGCUCCAUCAGCAUGCUGGCCUAUCGUAUAUUCUCCAGACUACAACAUCACAUUCAUGGGACUUGAGAAACUGCAUCCAUUCGAUGCAGGGAAAUGGGGAAAAGUAAUCAAUUUCUUGAAAGAAGAAAAACUAAUUGCAGAUGACUUGAUUGUACAGGCACGGGAAGCUACUGAUGAAGAUCUCUUGGUUGUUCACACAAGGCGCUACCUUAAUAAAUUAAAGUGGUCAUUUGUUGUGGCUACAAUCACAGAAAUUCCACCAGUUGCCUUUCUUCCCAAUUUCGUUGUUCAGAGAAAAGUUUUGAAACCUCUACGAACCCAGACAGGAGGAACAAUAAUGGCAGGAAAACUUGCUGUUGAUAGAGGCUGGGCAAUCAAUGUGGGGGGUGGUUUUCAUCACUGUUCAAGUGACAAAGGUGGAGGAUUUUGUGCAUAUGCUGAUAUCACACUGGCUGUAAAGUUCUUAUUUGAAAGAGUACAAGGGGUGUCUAAAGCCACAAUUAUUGAUCUGGAUGCUCAUCAGGGAAAUGGCCAUGAGAGGGACUUUAUGGAUGAUCAUCGGGUAUAUAUUAUGGAUGCAUACAAUAGAUAUAUUUAUCCAGGGGAUGGAUUUGCUAAACGUGCCAUAAAACGCAAGGUGGAAUUAGAGUGGGGUACAGAGGACACAGAAUAUCUUCAGAAGGUACAUACUCACGUGGAAGGAGCAUUAAAUGAAUUAAAACCUGACAUCAUUGUUUAUAAUGCUGGGACUGAUAUUCUGGAUGGCGAUCCAUUGGGAGGACUUGCUAUUUCGCCUCAGGGAAUUGUGAAGAGAGAUGAAGUCGUGUUCAAGGCUGCCAGAAGCCGCAGAAUCCCAAUCCUGAUGGUAACGUCUGGAGGCUACCAGAAAAGGACAGCGCGGAUUAUUGCUGAUUCCAUCCUCAAUUUGCACAACCUGGGGCUUAUUGACAAGGAGUUAGCAACCAGUGGAGCUGAAAAUCCCAAGGUAGAACAGAUGAUUAGAGACUCUGCUAAAGACUUAACCAACUUGUCACUGCAAUGACAAGUUACUAAAUUUUAGGAAACAACUUCCUAGUUUAGGAGCAGGAAGUCUCCACAUCAUUAUCAGGGUUAAUAUAUUUUUAAAAACUCAACCUGCCUGU